AUGGCAUGCUGCACCAGAGCACGGCACCAAGGGAGCCGCCACGCGGUCACCUGCAAGGACGUCACCGGGCCCUCUAAAGGAUUCGUGGUGCUCAUCCCAAAGUUUCAGAGGCCCUUCGGGGUUCCACACUUCACAUGGACUGAGACGCAACAGGAUGCCACGGCCGUGGACAGUGGGAUAAUCGUUCGUUGUGAGAACCCUAAUCAUCCUCCCCUCGAAGGAUACAGCCGGCACCAAGUCCAACCCACAUCACACGGCGGUGGGACACCCAGGCCAGCGGUCAGCAACUGGGCACAGAAGGAGCUCCCUGGGCAGGAACCAUGGCACUGGCCACAUCCCUGGUGGCUGUGUAUUCUGGGGACCCUGGUGGGGCUCUCAGCUACUCCAGCCCCCAAGAGCUGCCCAGAGAGGCACUACUGGGCUCGGGGAAAUCUGUGCUGCCAGAUGUGUGCACCAGGAACAUUCCUUGUGAAGGACUGUGACCAGCACAGGAAGGCUGCUCAGUGUGACCCUUGCAUGCCCGGGGUCUCCUUCUCUCCAGACCACCACACCCGGCCCCACUGUGAGAGCUGUCGGCAUUGUAACUCUGGUCUUCUCAUUCGCAACUGCACCAUCACUGCCAAUGCCGAGUGUGCCUGUCCCGACGGCUGGCAGUGCAGGGACAAGGAGUGCACCGAGUGUGAUCCACCUUCAGACACUUUGCUAACCACUCAGCCAUCUCAGGCCCUGGAGCCACACCUUCAGCCCACCCACUUACCUUAUGUCAGUGAGAUGCUGGAAGCCAGGACAGCUGGGCACAGGCAGACCCUGGCUGGCUUCAGGCAGCUGCCUGCCCCAACUCCCUCUACACACUGGCCAGCCCAAAGAUCCCUGUGCAGCUCAGAUUUUAUUCGCAUCCUUGUGAUCUUCUCUGGAACGUUUCUUGUUUUUACCCUGGCUGGAGCCCUGUUCCUCCAUCAACAAAGGAAAUAUAGAUCAAACAAAGGAGAAAGUCCUGUGGAGCCUGCAGAGCCUUGUCCUUACAGCUGCCCCAGGGAGGAGGAGGGCAGCACCAUCCCCAUCCAGGAGGAUUACCGAAAACCGGAGCCUACCUCCUCCCCCUGAGCCAGUGCCUUCAGGAGCUGCACUACCGCCCUGGCCUCCACCCCACACCGCCAACCAUCCAGGGAGAGUGAGACCUGGCAGCCGCAACUGCAGCCCCAUCCUCUUGUCAGGGCCUUUCAUGUGUACACCUGUGACAGAGUGCGCCUUUUCGAGACUGGCAGGGACAAGGACAAAUAACGGAUGAGGUGGAGGGUGGGAAGCAGGAGGCCAGCCAGCUGCACCUGCGUUGCAGGAGGGCGGGGGCUCUGGUUGUAAAACACACUUCCUAAUUCGAAAGGCUCACGUGCUACAAGACAGGCGAAAUAAAGUGACAGAUGACCACC